GCCGGGCGCCAAAAAUAGCGAGCCACAUAUGCCUAAAUUCGCUGCUUUUGUUUUUACAGCAUCGCGCCCUGUGUGGUUGCCGGUGGAAGAGCGUAGAUAGCUGGUUUCGGAAGAUUUAAUUUAGGAAAGUACCUUGCUAAAAGAAGCAGUUGGCAAAAUGUCCGAACGAGAAGAAGAAAGUCCCACUCCAAUGGAGUCGGAGAAUCAGUCGAAUGCAUCAUCAGAAAAAGGAAGCGACACCUAUGAAAUUUCUAGGGAAAAGGAUCGUUCCAAGAGGUUCGACUUCUUGCUCAAACAGACGGAGAUUUUCGCCCAUUUCAUGUCUGCAUCGGGCAAGCACAAGCCGUCGUCACCGCUCAAAGUCAAACCGGGCCGGCCCAAGAAGCAGACGUCGGAGGUGCAAGAUGGAGACCAUCGCCAUCGGAUGACCGAACAGGACGAGGAUGAGGAACUUUUGGCUGCCUCCAGCAAGGGCACCAAGGCCAUCGUGCGCUUCGACGAGUCGCCUCACUACGUCAAGGGCGGAAAGAUGCGAGACUACCAGAUUCGUGGCCUGAACUGGAUGAUUGGUCUCUACGAGAACGGCAUCAACGGUAUCCUGGCUGACGAGAUGGGUCUGGGAAAAACGCUGCAGACCAUCUCCCUGCUCGGAUACAUGAAGCACUACCGCAACGUGCACGGACCUCACAUGGUGAUUGUGCCCAAGUCGACGCUGGCCAACUGGCGUAACGAGUUCGUCCGCUGGGUGCCCUCCAUGCGCGUGGUUUGCCUCAUCGGAGACCAGGAGACCAGGAACGCGUUCAUUCGCGACGUCUUGCUGCCGGGCGAAUGGGAUGUGUGCAUCACCUCCUACGAAAUGUGCAUCAAGGAGAAAUCCGUCUUCAAAAAGUUCAACUGGCGCUACAUGGUCAUCGACGAGGCUCACCGCAUCAAGAACGAGAAGUCGCUCCUGUCUCAGAUCGUCCGCGAGUUCAAGACGUCGAACCGACUCCUGCUGACGGGAACACCGCUGCAGAACAACCUCCACGAGCUGUGGGCGCUGCUCAACUUCCUGCUGCCCGACGUCUUCAACUCGUCCGAGGACUUCGACGACUGGUUCAACACCAACGAGUGUCUGGGUGACAACUCGCUGGUGGAGCGGCUGCACGCAGUGCUGCGGCCCUUCCUGCUACGCCGUCUCAAACUGGACGUGGAGAAGAGCCUGCUGCCCAAGAAGGAGGUGAAGGUGUUCAUCGGCCUCAGCAAGAUGCAGCGCGAGUGGUACACCAAGAUCCUGAUGAAGGAUAUUGACAUCGUGAACGGUGCCGGUAAGCAGGAGAAGAUGCGGCUGCAGAACAUCCUGAUGCAGCUGCGCAAGUGUUGCAACCACCCGUACCUGUUUGACGGCGCCGAGCCGGGACCGCCCUACACCACCGACUACCAUCUGGUGGAGAACAGCGGCAAGAUGGUGGUGCUGCACAAGCUGCUGCCCAAGCUGCAGGAGCAGGGCUCGCGCGUGCUCAUCUUCUCCCAGAUGACCCGCAUGCUGGACAUCCUCGAGGACUACUGCUUCUGGAAGGGCUUCUCGUACUGCCGUAUCGACGGUCAGACGGCCCACGAGGACCGGCAGCGGCAGAUCGACGAGUACAACGCGCCCGGCUCCUCCAAGUUCAUCUUCAUGUUGUCGACGCGCGCCGGCGGUCUGGGUAUCAACCUGGCCACUGCCGAUAUUGUGCUGCUGUACGACAGCGACUGGAACCCGCAGAUGGACCUGCAGGCGAUGGACCGAGCUCAUCGUAUCGGCCAGACCAAGCAGGUCAAGGUGUUCCGCUUCAUCGAGGAGAACACCGUCGAAGAGAAAAUCAUCGAGAAGGCAGAGAUCAAACUGCGUCUCGACAAAAUGGUCAUCCAGCAGGGUCGCCUGGCCGACAGCAAAACCAACGCGCUUAACAAGGACGAGAUGCUGGGCAUGAUCCGAUACGGUGCCAACCACAUCUUCGCCUCCAAGGAUUCUGAGAUCACCGAUGAGGACAUUGAUGAGAUUUUGAAGAAGGGAGAGGAAAAGACGGAGGAGCUGAACGAGAAACUCAGCAAACUGGGUGAGGAGAACCUGCGCAAAUUCACUCUGGACACGUCUGAGGACCAAUCGCUGUACAACUUCGAGGGCGAGAACUACCGUGACAAGCAAAAGAACGUGGCCGGCAUGUGGAUUGAGCCGCCGAAGCGCGAGCGCAAGGCCAACUAUGCGGUGGACGCGUACUUCAAGGAGGCGCUGCGGCAGGGCGAGACGGCCACACCCAAGGCGCCCAAGGCGCCGCGUCCGCCCAAGCAGCCUCAGGUGCAGGACUUCCAGUUCUUCCCUCCUCGGCUCUUCGAACUGCUUGACCAGGAGAUCUACCACUUCAGAAAGACACUCGGAUACAAGGUGCCGCCUAACCACGACGACCCCUCGGUGGACGUGGCGGAGGAACAGAGGAAGAUUGACGAGGCAGACGCGCUCACUGAGGAGGACCAGGCUGAGAAGGAGGCGCUACUCACAAAGGGUUUCGUCAACUGGUCCAAACGAGAUUUCAACCAGUUCAUCAAGGCCAAUGAGAAGUACGGCCGCGAUGACAUCGAGAGCAUCUCCAGAGACGUUGAAGGCAAGACGCCAGAGGAGGUGCUGGAAUACUCGUCCGUCUUCUGGGAGCGCUGCAAUGAGCUGCAGGACGUGGAGAAGAUCAUGGCGCAGAUCGAGCGAGGCGAGGCCAAGAUCCAGCGGCGCGCCGGCAUCAAGAAGGCUCUGGACGCCAAGAUGGCGCGCUACCGGGCGCCCUUCCACCAGAUGCGUAUCUCGUACGGCACCAACAAGGGCAAAAACUACACAGAGGAGGAGGAUAGGUUCCUGGUGUGCAUGCUGCACAAGCUCGGCUUUGACAAGGAGAAUGUGUAUGAGGAGCUGCGGGCUGCCGUUAGGACGGCACCCCAGUUCCGGUUCGACUGGUUCAUCAAAUCUCGCACGGCUAUGGAACUGCAGCGUCGCUGCAACACCCUCAUCACCCUCAUCGAGCGCGAGAACCAAGAGCUCGAGGAGCGCGAGCGUACCGACAAAAAGGCUCGCCGGCCCAAGUCGAGCGGCCGCGCGGAGAAACGCAAGGAGCCGCCCGGCACACCAGACAGCAAGGCAGCCGCCAAGGGCAGGAAGAAGGGUCGGGUCUGAGCGCAGUCGCCGUCCCAGGAGCGGCCGCCGCGGCACGUCAGCCUAGCUUAGACAUUCCGGUGAGCGCUGCCCGACCGCGCCGGUCCGGAGAGCACGGUGUGGCGGGGUGUAAAUCGCUCAUCUUCGCAGUCACUGCUGAUUGGCAGACAGCCAAAAUUGACCCGUGUUGUCCUCUAUAGGCGGUGUGUGUCGGGAGGGACGGUGAUUGUCUCCGUGACCGUGUAUCGUGACCGUGACUCCGCUGUGUCUCGCUGUGGAUUUCCCCGUCCGUGGGGCGCUGUGUCUAUCGUGACCCGUCGUGACCUCUGUCCGCCCCGCGUCUCCGCCGUGACCUGUCUGCUGCCUCCCGCCGCGCGGUCGCUCGCUCACCGUCAGCCCUGGUCUCAUAUGUAUUUUAGUGUCACACUCAUGCCUGUCUCGCUCGUCUUGCCUCCUCUCAUCGGCAGACUUUGGGCUGUCGGACCGCCCGGGCCGAGAGACGGAGAUGACAAUACAUGCUGUCCAGAACACA